GAUAAUGGAUUUCAAUAAUUUUAUGUCUACAACAUCUUUUUACGCCAUUUGGAGGAAGUUUUAUAGUCAUGUUAAAAUCAGAUCAACAAAUCUUUUUACAAAGUGCACAACAUGCGUUAAACUUGACAGAGCACUACAGCUUCAACUGAAUCCGCAGAAAAGACAAGCUAUUUUCAGAGAAAAACAAGCCCAUCUUCAUCGGAUCAUAAUGGAGAAACUGGCAUAUUACCGUAGGAGAACGAUAUCUCGUAGGCGGCCUGACAGGUAUCUCAGUUUGAUAAUUGAUGGAAUGGACAAUACUAAGACCAGUUUACCACAUUUUAAAGAUAGAAAAGGAAAAGACCUUGCUUCAACCAUUCCGAUGAAAACACACGUAACUGGUGCCAUUAACCAUGGCACACAUCAAAAAUUUGUUUUCACUGAUAUUUAUCAGUACAAACAUGAUUCCAAUCUGACGUUGAACAUCUUGAUGAAGUUAUUGUGGGAGGCUUCAAAGGGACGUCCAUUACCUCCAGUAUUGUACCUCCAGGCAGAUAAUUGCUUUAGGGAAAACAAAAACAGAUUUAUCCUUUCAUUUCUAGAACUUCUGGUCCAUCGUCGAGUUUUCUAUGAGAUUCAGUUGUCCUUUCUGUAUGUUGGUCAUACGCAUGAAGACAUUGACCAAAUGUUUAGUGUAUUUGCUGAUAGACUGAGGCACACGGAUGCCACAACUCUUCCUGAACUACAUCAACAUGUGUAUAAUGCACAGGAACUGAAUGGGUGCUAUAAUGUGAGCGGUUGGCUAGACCCAUGCAUAGCUGGAGUUAAAAGCCAUUCCAAGUCAAAUAUUUUUAGAUACAGAUAUGAUGAGGCAAACAAGUUAGUGAAUGUAUACUAUCGAAAAAAUUCAGAACAGCCAUGGAAAACUCUCCGAAGAGGAUUUUUCAAAGUGAGACCAAAUGGGUUACCAUUGCUACCAAAUUCAAAUCCACCAGUACUCAUGGCCUCUUUUCACCUUUUAGACAUGGAUGUUUUAAAAAAGGGCAAUUCUAUCUGGUCAACAUAUUUGACGCAAGAAGCCAGAUUAUGGUGGACGAAUAAACUGUCUUUUAUACAGAAUAUGCAGAGUAACAAAUACCAACUGACACAAUAUUCCAGAAAGGGAUGUAUUUGGCGACUGAAUUCGUUUAAGCCAUAUGACAAAAAUGCACUUGAAGAUUCUGUGGAUGGCACUGAUCCCGUGCCAUCCGAUGUAAGACAGCUUCUAGCGGGCGAACAGGAAACACCGGAGAUUAUUGUCAAUAAUUGAUGAUGAGGACACGUACUCACGAUCUAAAGGAAUCAGUAUUGAUGGACCUUUUAAUCCAGAUAUGGAAAUCAGUCUUGAGGAACUUUAUUAUCCAUCUUCGAACAUAAUUAUGUGUUGUGAAACUUUUUUUUAUUCAUAAAACAUUGCAGAAAAUAUUGUUGAAAACACAUCUUAAAAGUAUAAUAUAAAAAUCUGGCAUCAAUCGUACUUGGAUUGACGGCAGAGAUUGACGAUUACUAUCGGCAAUUAUUUCUAACGUGCAGUUGUCAAACAGAUACAAUGUUGUAUAAUGAUGUAUAAUAUUUUAUUUAUCUUCUCUUCGGUAUGUUUGUUUUUGUUUUUAUA